AUGCCUACAGAAUUGGAAGAGCUCGUGGGCUUCAUCGCCCACCCUAAUGCGAAUCUAAGAAAGGUGGCCAUCGAGAACCUUGUCGGCUUCUCACAGGCGGACCCGUCAAUAUUCAAGUCAGAUAACUUGACGCCGGUCAAGCACCUCAAGUUCCUAGUCAGAGACCACCCUAAAAUCGCAGAACAUGCGUUGACAAUCCUCAUAAACCUCACUGCCGAGAAAGAUGUUCUGGAGAAUGUGGCGACAGACCAGAAGUUUAUCGACAUUCUCCUGGACUUGGUAGUAAAACCUGACGAGGCAAAUGCCAACCUGAUGGCUAUGCUUCUUGCCAACCUGGCAAAGUGGGAUGGCCUCAAUACUAUUGUAACCAAGAAGCAGACACCGCCAGAGGAGCUCAAGUCCAACGACUUGGUUCUCAACCAGCUAGUCGAUCUCUUCGUCAAGGAGAAGGGAGCCUACAACAAAGACGCCGACUACGACUACCUCGCCUAUCUCUUUGCAGAUCUCACCAAACACGCCGAAGUACGCCAGCACUUUGUCACAAGGCAAGACUACGACGAAGUCAUCCCCAUCACCAAGCUGAAGGUCUUCACCGAGCACCAGUCCGAGAUCCGGAGGAAGGGCGUCGCGAGCACAAUCAAGAACGUUGCCUUUGAGAUCCAGUUCCACCCGACCUUCAUGGACGAGGACGAGGUCGACAUCCUUCCCUACAUCCUACUGCCCAUCACCGGCAACGAAGAAUACGACGAGGACGACACCAUGGGCAUGCUGCCUGACCUGCAGCUUUUGCCCCCCGACAAGAAGCGCGACUCGGACCCCAAGAUCAUCCAGACCCACAUCGAGACACUCCUGCUGUUCACCACGACGAGAGGCGGCCGUGAUCUGCUGAGACGGGUCAGCGUGUACCCCAUCAUCCGCGAAAACCACUCCCGCGUCAAUGACGAGGGCGUGAAGGAUGCCUGCGAUCGUCUGGUGCAAGUGCUGAUGAGAGACGAGGAGCCGGAGGACGGCGACGGCGAGCGGGAGUCCAAGCCCAAGGAGCUGACCAACGGCUCAAAGGUCGAGGAGGUUGAAGAUGACGAUGACAAUGAGAUUGUCGAGGUCUAG